CAAACGUUCAUACGUUCUAUUUACAUUCGCAUGAAAUUACUACGCUAAAUAUUUUUUAACUGAUCUGAGCUCGCACACCCUCGUUAUCGUCAAGACGAUGAUUAAUCAAGUAUGGACUGCUCAAAACUGAACAAAAACUAAAUCCCAUGACUGCGUUGUCUGCGAAAAAUCUUAUGGAUUCCUUAGAUUAGUAAUCAAAAAUGUUAUUUACAUCAUUACGUUCACAUAUGUAUAUAGACAACAAGUUCAUCAAAAUGUGAAAGUGCAGUCGAUUCAAGCUUCCAUUAGUCUGUUUAUUAUGGCUGCAACUUGCAACGCAACAACGCUGUGAUCAUCGAAAGAUCUGUAGUAUGGUGAAAUUACGACUGCUACCUUUAUAAAGUUAAAGAGUAGCUCAUUUUUCGAAGAUUUUCUAACUUACGUCCAAAACAAUUUAAAUGCAUUGCAAAAUUAGCAGGUGACAAAGAUUGAAAAUUAUUUUGAAACUUCAAUCAAAAUGUCAAGAACAAUCAACAAUACCAAUACUCUGCCAAACAUGCAGAAAAUUGUUGAGCUUGCUAAAUUAUUAAGAGAUAAAGGAGACAAAAUUUUAAGUGCAUCAAGUAAGUUGACACUCUCGACAAGUCUACUGGCAUCUCUUAAUGAAAAUUUUGCACUGAUUAUUGAAGAACCGGACGAUAUAGAAUCUUCGUUCCAAGUGUGCAACAGUUCAAGAAAUGAAAUAUUCAGAGAUAUCAAGUUUCUACAUGAUUUUGUUCAAAAAACAAUUGGACUUAAAUUAAUGUUCAAUAAAUGUGAAAGUCAAAUUAUUGACAUUACAAAAUUUAGACACUUGAAAUAUUUAGAGCUCCAUAAAAUACCUAUUUCGUCAGUCAAAGGUAUUCAAGCCAUUAGAGGACAGUUAGAAUGUAUAAUUUGUAGUGGUGGACAUGGAGUUAUUUCACUUGAAGAAUUACUGGCUUAUUGCGGAGCAGAUAAAGGAGUAGGAUUUGUUUGGGGUUCACUAACUCGAUUAGCAUUGCCAUAUAAUAAUUUGUCACAUCUGGAUAAAUCUUUGGAAUUUGUGCCUUGGGUGGAAACCAUAGAUUUGAGUCAUAAUGCUCUUACAAGAGCUACAGAUUUAAAAUAUCUCCCAAACGUAAAAAACGUUAAUUUAAGCUAUAAUAAUCUGGAAUUUGUACCACAAUUCAAUAGAGCAGCAUUUUAUUUGCUACAGAAACUUAUUUUACGAAACAACUACAUUGAAAAUAUUAAUGGAUUGGAGAAACUUGAAGGACUGGUAGAAUUGGAUCUCUCUCACAACCUACUUACAGAUCAUAGUUUGCUAUGGCCUUUAUUGGCAAUGCCUUUAUUAAGAACUCUGUGCCUUGAAGGAAAUCCUUUAUCUUAUCAUCCAGAUCAUAAGACAAUGCUUUUUUCUUACUUGCAUCCUGCAUUAGGUAAUAAGAACUGCAAGCUGACAAUAGAUAAUGAAGAAAUAGGUAAAUUUGAUCGUAUUCAAAUAUCUGAAAAUCGUUCGUUUUUCUUGCACUCAAGACAAGAAAAACCAGAACUACGCAGAACUGACAUUACAUCAAGUUCUGAUAUGAAUGCUGCAAAUACAAGCGAAUUGGAAAAUGAACUUGAUGUUUCAUCUGUUUCAAGAAUUAAUGCUAAGAAAAAUGAAAAUAUUCAAGUUGCAGUUAUUGCUGAUGAUGAAGUAGAAAAAGAUGAAAUAAAAUCUGAUUCUAUUGCCAACUCUUUUUUUGAAACAUCCAUGGAUCAUUUAGAAGUAAAAAGGCAAAUACUGGCAUUAAGAGAGAAGUAUGGAGAAGAUAAUUGGUUGAGUAAUCAUGGAGCUACUUGUGUGCAAACUAUAAUGGGUUUGCAGUCAACUCCUACUGCUCCAUUGGGGCUUUUCUCCUCCACUUUGAAUGAUAAUCACCUUAUGCUGCACACUACCAUUGGAAACUCUAACUCAACGUCUCCAUCCCCUAUUUCAAAACCUAGUAGCAGUGAUGAAACUGCAAUGCAGCACCAUGAGAAAUUUGAAGUACAGGUUGAAAUAAAUCAUCACGUAAGUAAGAAUGAUACGAAAACGGAGGUGGAAACUAUAAAUGAAAUAAAUACAAUAAGCGAAACAGAAUUUGAAACUUCUGAAAAUGGAAUAGUGGAUUUGAAAAUAAACGAAGACUUGACAACUUCAUAUGAUCCAGAAGAAGAAACGGGAGACCUAUUUUUACUACAAAAAAAACGUGGACAAGAAGAAUCUGACGAAAUUUUUCUCGUGAUAUCAUCCGACGACAUAAAAGAAAGAGACACUAUGACUGGAAAAAUUUUGUUUCGAUGGGCCACUAAUACAGUUCUUUCGUGCGUUCUGGGACGUGGUACACCUACAACAAUCGAUAUCACAUUUGAUACCACGAGAAAAGAUCGUAAUGCAAGGACUUAUAUCACCAACCUAGAUGAUGCCAAGAAAAUUAAUGAGAAACUCAAUGAAAUGAUCAGAACUUAUGUACCAAUAGUACUCAAAAUUUUUAUGUGCAUGAAAUGCUCUACUCAGUUUUCUCAAGACGGUGAUAAUAACAUUGUAACAUCUCAACCUGCUUUACCAAAAUGUCCAACUUGCAAAAGCACAUUAGUUAUACAGUCAGAUGAACUGUUAUCACCAGACAAAGAAAAAUUAGAAAAGAUUCCAGAAAAAAUCAAGACUAAUCUUCCGAAAGAAGAAAAGGUCAACGAAAUGAAGCUUCCACAUUCAAGCUCACAAUCUAGCAUAGGUGGAUCAGAGGGUGGCGCUAUGUCCAUCAUCACUUCUAUAGUGCACUCCGACUCUCACCCUCAAGCUCAAAUCAGCUGUUCAGCAACAAGUUUAGAAGAAUCACGAGAAUCAACUCCAUCAACUGGAACAACAACUAAGAAAUAUGAAAGCGAUAUUGAGAUAUUGAGUAAUCCCAGCCAAAGCAGCAUCGAAAUUCUUGAUGAUGGAUCAAAGUCAACAACACCUCAUCGAAAGAAAUCAUUGGAAGAAAGACGAAUAGCUGUUGCCCCGUCAUUAUUAACAAUUCCAGAUUCAAGUAUCAUUAUGGCUGGUUUGACUGAAAGUAGUUCCUCAGGUUCUUUGACUGAUAGUGUGUGCACUGCUUAUGAAAAUAUAACUUCAAAACUGAUGGAUAAGAAUGAAAUGUCCAACAGUAAAAGUACCCUAAAGAGUGAAGGAGAUGCAGACAAUACUUUAACACCUGUGACAAAUCUCUCGUCGAUGCUGGGAGAAUUACUUCAAAGCAUGAAAAUCGGUACAACAAAGGAUAUUAUGUCAAGAUCUGAGGAAACUUCCGAGUUUAUGGGCAACAAUAUUCAAUAUUCUUAUACAAAUUUCAGUGACAUUGAUCAUAGAAUAAAACUUCAUAUUAUUUUGAAUGUUUUUGAGCACGAAAACGAAGAUAUAGCAUUUCUUCUUAGAGCAGAUAUAUUAACACAUUCAUCAAAUGAGUCAUUUCCUGGGUGCUUAGUCAUGUCAACAGCUAAAGUUUAUAUUUUACGAAUAACUGGAAAAGAGGGAGAGGAUCCUCAAAGAUGGCUACAAAAAGAAUCGAGUUGGACUAUAGAUAGACUUAGAUCUUUCUCACCAUUGCCAUACAAACAAGGUAUACUAGUCGAGUUACAACAGCCCAACAAACCCGGAGAAGCUCCGAUAAACACGGUUCUCUUGUGCAUCCUUCAAGAUUUUCAAAGAACUUCCAACUUUUUAUUCUAUCUUACAAAUUCCCCUCUUCCUCCAAGCUGUGAAGUGGAAUUUAUAGUUCCACAAUACUGUAAUGCAGCCUUGAAAAAUAUGUUGAAAUUCUGCAAGAAUUACAAAGAAGAAGUCCCUAUAAGAUUACUAGCUCUUUUCUCUUCUGCAACCCUUAAAUGGUCUAAUGAUAGUGUAAAAUUAAAAAUGUCAAGUUUAAUUAUAACUUCAUCUGAUCUGAUAGUCAUGCAAGACAAGAUAAACUGGCUUUUAUCAGAAAAAAAUGAGCUUCCAGGCAUUGUAGUAGAGCAAGGAAUGAGUAAUUUGAUUGAAGUAGAAAUAGCUGGCAAUACUUUAACUCUAAAUUUCUUGGACGAAGUAAUAGGAGAAGAUUCUACUUGGAUUUUUGAAUUUGUAUCGUCAAACGCUGCGGAAGCGGUCAUCAAUUCUAUAAAACCACCGUGGGAAGAGCUGUUUUCUGUACCACUGCAAAUUAAUGCGCCGUUGAUGGACAAAAGUAGUGGCAGUCUAGACCAUAUGUGACCUUGUUCAAUUUUGAAGCAAAAUUGUAUUCAAAUCAUUGCGACUGUGUAGGUACACAAUGUGCUUUUUCAAUAGUUAAUUGUAAUAUCAUAUUUGUAAUUUUCUCAUCCUCCUACGAGUGACUGUUUCAUUAGUGAUAUAAAAGCAAUGCUCGUGGAGAAAAUUUUCAUUAUGUAGAGAGCUGAUUUAUUUUUUUUUCUUAUUAUUUGUUCAUUAGUUCAAAACAUUAUACAUUACGAAUUUAUUGCAACGUUAUAAAUAACCAUGUUUCGUACAUAUAUGUUUGUUAUUAACUUUACCAUAAUUUAUCUGUUUCAAAUAUUUUGUUAAACUAAAGUUGAUUAAGUUUUCUCGCAAGAUCGAAUACUUUAUUGUAAGAAAAAGAUCGUGCAAUUGAUGAGAUAUGAAGUAAAAUGAAUAAUUUGAAUGUAAAGAAAAUUUUUCAAUUCAUGCAAUUUCUCGUUUGAUUUGCGAGGAGCAUGCGUUAAAAAUAAAAUUAGGUACUAUUCAACAAAAAGCCAUCAUCGUAAAUCUCAUAGAUCACUUGGAAUAUUUGCUCUGCGGAAAGAAAUUCAUAAAGUGAAAUAUUUUCGCCAGAGACUGUGAUACUAAGGUUUUGACUCAAAUGUAAAUAAGAUUUCGAAAUUUUAUAUUUUUAUCAAUUUUAGUUUAUUAUAAAUUUCAUGCGUUGUUAUGUA